GGAGAGGUCAAUGAUGAACAUGAAGUCAGACAGAUUGAAGCAGCAUCCAGGAAACCACACAGAGCAGAAACAACCAUCAGACAGGAAGACAUCUUUAAACUCCCACCUGGAAGAGAUGAACCAAUCAGAACAGUGAUGACGAAGGGAGUGGCCGGCAUCGGGAAAACAGUCCUAACACAGAAGUUCACUCUGGACUGGGCUGAAAGCAAAGCCAACCAGGACAUCCAGUUACUUCUUCCCUUUACCUUCAGAGAGCUGAAUGUGCUGAAAGACAGAAAGUUCAGCUUGGUGGAACUUGUUCAUCACUUCUUCACAGAAACCAGAGAAAUCUGCAGCUUUGAAGAGUUCCAGGUCGUGUUCAUCUUUGAUGGUCUGGAUGAGAGUCGACUUCCUCUGGACUUCCACAACAAUGAGGUCCUGACUGAUGUUACAGAGUCCACCUCAGUGGAUGUGCUGCUGACAAACCUCAUCAGGGGGAACCUGCUUCCUUCUGCUCGUCUCUGGAUCACCACACGGCACGCAGCAGCCAAUCAGAUCCCUCCUGAGUGUGUCUCCAUGGUGACAGAGGUCAGAGGGUUCACUGACCCACAGAAGGAGGAAUACUUCAGUAAGAGGAUCAGAGAUAAGAAGCAGACCAGCAGGAUCAUCUCCCACAUCAAGAAAUCACGAAGCGUCCACAUCAUGUGCCACAUCCCAGUCUUCUGCUGGAUCACUGCUACGGUCCUGGAGAGAGUCCUGGAAACCAGAGAGGGAGGGAAGCUGCCCAAGACCCUUACUGAGAUGUACAUCCACUUCCUGGUGGUCCAGGUCAAACUGAAGAAGGUCAAGUAUGAUGGAGGAGCUGAUACGGAUCCACACUGGAGUCCAGAGAGCAGGAAGAUGGUGGAGUCUCUGGGAAAACUGGCUUUUGAGCAGCUGCAGAAAGGAAACCUGAUCUUCUAUGAACCAGACCUGAGAGAGUGUGGCAUCGAUGUCAGAGAGGCUUCAGUGUACUCAGGAGUGUUCACCCAGAUCUUUAGAGAGGAGAGCAGCCUGUACCAGGACCAGGUCUUCUGCUUCAUCCAUCUGAGUGUUCAGGAGUUUCUGGCUGCUCUUCAUGUCCAUCAGACCUUCAUCAAGUCAGGAGUCAACCUGCUGGAGAAACAAAAAGACACAGAGACUCACCUCUAUACGAGUGCUGUGGACAAGGCCUUACAGAGUCCAAACGGACACCUGGACUUGUUCCUCCGCUUCCUCCUGGGUCUUUCACUGGAGACCAAUCAGACUCUCCUACGAGGUCUGCUGGAACCAGAUCAAAGAAGUUCACAGAACAAUCAGGAAACAGUUGAAUACAUCAAGAAGAAAAUCAGUAAAGAUCUGUCUGCAGAGAAAAGCAUCAACCUGUUCCACUGUCUGAAUGAACUGAACGAUGGUUCUCUAGUGGAGGGGGUCCAGUGGACCCUGAGGUCAGGACUUCUCUCCACAGAUAAACUGUCUCCUGCUCAGUGGUCGGCUCUGGUCUUCAUCUUACUGUCAUCAGAAGAUCUGGAGGUGUUUGACCUGAAUAAAUACUCAGCUUCAGAGGAGGUUCUACGGAGGCUGCUGCCGGUGGUCAAAGCCUCCAAGAAAGUUUUGUUGAGUGAUUGUAAACUCUCAAAGAGCAUCUGUGCAGAUCUGUCCUCAGUUCUCAGCUCUCAGUCCUCCAGUCUGACAGAACUGGACCUGAGUAACAACCACCUGGAGGAUUCAGGACUGAAGAAGCUGUGUCCUGGACUGGAGAGUCCACACUGUCACCUGGAGUCUCUCAGGUUGAGUGGUUGUAACCUCUCAGAGAACAUCUGUGCAGAUCUGUCUUCAGUUCUCAGCUCUCAGUCCUCCAGUCUUACAGAACUGGACCUGAGUAACAACCUCCUGCAGGAUUCAGGACUGGAGCAGCUGUGUCCUGGACUGGAGAGUCCACACUGUCACCUGGAGUCUCUCAGGUUGAGUGACUGUAACCUCUCAGGGAACAUCUGUGCAGAUCUGUCCUCAGUUCUCAGCUCUCAGUCCUCCAGUCUGACAGAACUGGACCUGAGUAACAACCACCUGCAGGAUUCAGGACUGAAGAAGCUGUGUCCUGGACUGGAGAGUCCACACUGUCACCUGGAGUCUCUCAGGCUGUCAGGCUGUCUGAUCUCAGAGGAAGGCUGUGCUUCUCUGGUAUCAGCUCUGAGCUCCAACCCCUCCCAUCUGAGAGAGUUGGACCUGAGCUACAACCAUCCAGGAGAGUCAGCAGGGAAGCUUUUGUCUGCUGGACUGAAGGAUCCCCACUGGAGACUGGACACUCUCAGGGUGGAGCCUGCUGGACAACGAUGGAUGACACCAGGUCUGAGGAAGUAUUCCUGUCGACUCACCAUCGACACAAACACAGUCAACAAAAAAAUCAAACUCUCUGACAACAACAGAGAGAUGACAAGUGUGGAGGAGAAUCAGUCAUAUCCUGAUCAUCCAGACAGGUUUGACAUCUGGCCUCAGCUGCUGUGUAGAGAAGUUCUGACGGGUCGCUGUUACUGGGAGGUCCAGUGGAGAGGAGAUGUUUCUGUAUCAGUGAGUUACAGAAGAAUCAGCAGGAAAGGAAACUCUAAAGACUGUUGCUUUGGAAUGAACGAUCAUUCCUGGAGUCUGUUCUGUUCUGAUGAUGGUCAGUACUAUGUCUUUCACAAUAACAGAGUAACAUAUUCCUCCUCCUCUUCCUCAGUCUCUGACAGAGUAGCAGUGUAUGUGGACGUUCCUGCUGGAACUCUGUCCUUCUACAGCGUCUCCUCUGACAGACUGAUCCACAUCCACACCGUCAACACCACAUUCAAUGAACCUCUUUAUCCUGGGUUCAGGUUCGGGUUCGGGCCUGGUUUUUCAGUGUCUCUGUGUUGA